CUCUGUAGGAGCGACUUGUUCAUCAAGAAUGCACUUAUACAAACGAGUAGUGAUUUAUAGAAUCUGUUCUAAUUGAUACACUCAACUGAUUUGAUCCGAUGGAAUUCAAUCUGGAAGAAGGAAAGCAUCUCUACGAUGAAUGCUCAACGUUAAUUCUGCCAGCGUUAUCGAUUGGGAAUGUCGGGCAAUUGGCGGUGGAUCUUUUGAUAGCUUCCACGAAUGCUGAACGAAUUGGUUGCCUUGAUGAUCCAAACGUUCUUCCUUGUGUAGGGAAUGAUGCUUAUAUCCCUACUCCUCAGGGCGACCUUGCCCUCCCUCUUGAAGCUUAUGAGUCACCUUCUAGUGCAUUGACCCUUAUCCAACAAAGAUCACCAGUUGUUAAGGGAAGGAUGAUUGAGUAUGCUAAAAAUCUUGCUGACUUUGCUGCUGCUUGUGGAAAGAAGCACGUCAUAAUCCUCUCUAGCUUAGACUUUGGCAGGUGGCAGACAAUUGAUAUGUCAAGUGGUCAGCAGAUAUAUUACCUCUCUAAUACAACUGUGGAUGGAGCAGAUGAUCAGUGUGAAAAAUUAGGGUGGAAAAGAAUGAAGGAAUAUGAUCCUAACCAGAAACUAUGGAAGUAUCUCAAUACUUUAGCCGAAGGUAGCGUAAGCCAAGAUGAUAUCUCACUUCUUGAAGAUGAUCUGGGAGAAGAAGACUAUUAUCCAAGUUUGCCUUUUGCUGCAAUGUUUUCUUGUUUCAAGGCGAAGGGUUUGAAGGUGACGUGCUUGUUAUGUUACUGCUCUGAAGGAGACAACAUUCCGGAUGCCUUUCAUUUGGCAGAGGCAGCAUGUAAUCUUGUGGGGCUGAGGCCUGAUACCUUUAAAGGAAAUGAAGGUGGUGGAUGGGUGAUCCCAUUUUCAUGGCAGAGUGUUUAUGGGCCACCUCCAGAUAUGUCCCUCUUCUAGCCUUCUUCAAAUUGUCAUCCUCCACUUUGCAUUUAGUUUGUCUGAAAAGGUACGAAUUGGUGUAAAACUCGACAUCACGUUUUGAUUUUGAUGUUAUGGGGUCUUGUUGUUUACUUGGACUAGACUCGAUAAAGAAUGAAAUAGGACCAGAUGGAAUGGUAGAUAGGAAGGAAGGGAAGAUGUGAAAAACCAAAUUUAAGAGUAUUCCAUUUCCAACUGUGUAAGAGUAUGACAGGAUGCCAACUUCUUGUUUUUUAUAAUGCAACCAUUAGAUUAGACCA